AUGUCUCUCAUCACAUAUUGGGGAGACUCGCAGAUUUCGAAUGGAUCAGUAAACUUUGGUGAUUCAUUUUCCUCCCACGAAUCUACUACCUUCAGCAUCCUUUCCGAUACUGAAUUCAAUACCACUGAAGGAAAUGGCUUAUGGUACUCCGGAGAGUAUGCACAAGAUACACUGCACGUGAAUGGAAGUUCUUUCGCAGAUUUCAUAUUUGCUUUCAUCGAGGACGGUGUCGAAGUUGGUGACAAUUUUCUCGGACUGGGCGAUAAGGUCGACGAGGCGGCUGUGCAAGACGAUAGCUCGUCGCCAGAAAAUACUUUCUUGACGUAUGCCGUCUCUAAAGGCUUGAUACAGACAACGGCAUACAGCGUGUCGUUCGAUGAUCCCCUCGACACACUGCCAACAGGAAAUAUCUUGCUGGGCGGAUUAGACGCAGGAAAAAUAAAUGGGAGUCUCGAAACUCUAGACACGACAAUUGUGAGGGGAACAAACACAUUUUAUGACACGGUACUAGCUGUACCAUUGGAAUCAGUAUCAUAUAGUCCGAGUGGAGAUCUCUCCCAUCAAAAGGCGAUACAACCUUUCCAGGCUAUUCAGGUCCACCCUUCCUCGGGACCUAUGUCACUUCCUGUCGAUAUUGCAACCACGAUCUGGGCAGCCCUCGGUGCAACUUACGACACCACAAUCGACCCUCCGGAUGCUGUCCCAGUGGUCCCAUGUUCGUACCUUACUAACACGACCACUCUGGAUUUGCACUUUAGCUCCACUACGAUCAUCCAGAUACCCAUGAGCGAUAUAACAGUCCACAAUGGGACUGGGAUCAAUGGCGAGGACGGCACGUACGCAGAAGGAUGUAAGCUUGAUAUUGGGGCUAUUUACACCAACGAGUCGUUCAACAGUAUCGGGGUCAUGGCGUUGAAACACAUGUACACUGUUUUCGAUCUACAAAACAAUGAGAUCUCCAUCGGUCUGCGCAGUACUUCUAACAAGGCCUCCUCCAACAUCAUGGCAAUCGGCCAAGCAGGUGUACCCGCGCUCAACCUCGGUGCUUCUUCCCCGACACCGACUCCAACACCAAGCCCCUCACACCCGUCCACUCCAAAGAAGUCUCAUCGCGCUUUAGCCAUUGGUCUCGGCGUCGGCUUAUCCUUGGGGAUCAUUCUCCUCGUUGGCAUUAUAGUUGGUGCAAUCUUGUUCUUCCGACGAAAACGGGCUACUCCAGCCCCAACUCAAGAUACAGCUCCAAACCCAGCUCGGAGCCCAGUGCAAGCUCCCUUCCACCCUUCGAGCCCACAACCCGACUACAGCCAGUAUCCCGAAGUAGCCGUCAUCCCAGAAAAACCACCUGGAUCAGACGAUGGACUGUCGCCAGCAAGAAGUCAGGGCCCUCAGCACAUAUCCCCAACCUCGGAACAGGAUACGACGGCCCAUGAGCUUCCUGGUUCAACAAUCCGGCACUCAGAAUUGUCGGGUAUAUCUACUUUCCAAAUACCACGUAGUCCCGAGCAGAAUCACUCGUGA